CGCUGAACCGCGUGGCUGUACGGCCUCAAUCGUUGAAGUCUGCGUGCACCGUGCUCCGCAAGCUCACUUCCACUAAAAAAGCACUGUCGGAGCAGCUGGAACCCGCAAAACGUCAGGUUGCCCAAUGCGGCAACCGACUUCACCGAGCAGCCACCCAAGGUAAAGCUAUCUCGGCGUGGACACGACUGACCGACUGAUGCUUGCUCGAUUGAUGCCUGCCUGUGACCUCAGCACGGGCUCUUGGACCUGAUCCAUCCGCGCUCGCACAUCCCCUCCUCCGCCCCCAAGCGGCCUCGUCCCUCACCCCCCCCCCAAAACCACCUCCCUAAAAUGAGGCAGCGUGUCACCUUCCUCCACCGUCCCGGGGACGCGGUGGAUCCCUCGACACUCCGCAUCACCGACACCAGCCUAACGGGCCCCCAGGACGCCCGGGCCGCCCGCGAGGUCCGCACCACCCUCGCCCUGGACGAGCUACCCGCCGAGCUGGCCAGCGUCCUCAAGACGUCACAUGAGCUGCAUGUGAGAUGGGUCUCCCCCGACGCCUUCGACACCGUCGCCCCUCUACACUCGAGGCUGUCACCGGGCUUCCACCUGUUCUUCACCCCCAGGCAAGGGGGAGAUGUCUCUGAAUCGGAAGCCCUGUGCCGCCUCCUCCGCAAGGCGUUCGGGGGCCUGGAGAACUGCGUGUCCUCGGAGGAGUCCUUCGUCGCCCUCUCGCCGGACCGCUUCUCCCACUCGGCCGCCUUCCAGUUCUACCAGCCCCUACACAACCUGACGCACUUUGCUCGCCACGUGGGCGAUGAGCUCUGCCCGCAGGGCGACCCGCUGUGCCGCGCGCAGGCCGCGCGCCUGACCGAGGCCGUCUCGCUGGACCUGUCGUACGACACCAUCUCGCACGCCCUCAAGGUCACGGCCCUGUCGCCGUACCAGGCCCAGCCGCUGCUCGUGACGGGCCACCCGGGCCACCGCACCGAGGUCGGCCUGCUGGGCGAGGACGCGCUCCCCAACGUCGAGGGCCACGAGGUCGGCCUCUCGGGCCACCUCGUCUUCCUCGGCCAGCACAAGGAGCCGUCCGUGACCGCCUUUGGCGUCCCCUCGCGCCACCGGCGCCACCACCACCCGGACGCGACCUUCUCAGUCUCCAUUGUCCAGCCCGCCGGCCUGCACCCCACCCUCCGGCUGACCCUGUCCCCCGCCGCCGCGCGCCCGCCGCUGCCGCCGGUCGGGGAAGGGGCGGCGGCCUCUUCCUCGUGCGCCCCGCACGCCUACCUGGUGCUCCCGCGCUCCGUCUUCGCGGACCGCUACCAGCUCUCGGAUCCGCUCUUCCUCGCGUCCAAGAACCUCACCGCCCUCCGCCAUGCCUCAGGCCCCGUCGACCUCGAGGCCCCCGAGUACGCCAUCGGCCACUGGGGCUCUACCGCCCUCCUGGAGCUGGCCGCGCCGCCGCCGCAGUCGGGUUCGCAGUCCGAGUGGACAGUCCAGGUCCCGCUGCACCUGCGCUACCUCGCCCCGGCCGCCCGCGGCCAUCGCGACGUCCAGCUACCGCACCCCGUCGUCUUCUGGGCCUGCGCCGCCGAGGACGGCACAAGGUUCCCCACCAACCCCUUCGACCGCGUCAACCUCGGCUACGACGGCCUCUUCGGGCCCCGUACCGUCUUCUGGCACGUCGACCCGAGCCCGCCGCACUCGCGCCUCUUCACCACCAUCGACGUCCCCGUGCUCGACCUGGACAAGGCCGACUGGGUCGCCCCCGGCACCGCCGCCGUCGUGCUGCUGGGCUUCGCCUGGGUCGUCUGGAAGCUCGUGGCUGUUGCUGUGCGUGGCCGCGGCGCUUCGGGGGUGUCCGGGCCGAGCGUGGCCGAAAGCAAGAAGACAAAGUAGCUCAUAAUUUCCGCAUGCAGAGUGUGGUUGACCGAAGCCGCCUGCUGAAGGUCCAUAUAGUUCAUAAUGAAAAGCAUCGGCUUGAGUUGCUAUAUAUCCAAUACCCCAUGUUCCCUCAGCCUCGCCCCUAUUCACGCAAAGUCUAU